AAGCACUCAACAUCCCCAUCAUUCGUUAUCGCAUGAUCUCGUUGCAUAUUUUUACUCUUUUCGCCUUCUCAUUGUCUGUACAAAGUUCUCACAGUCAGUAUAUAAUGGCCAUCUUUCUCGCCUAAUACUUCUACACAACCCCUUUCCAAUCUCCUUUGAUUCACAAUUUCAUGCGCAUCAAAUUGCCCCCCAAUUCUGGAGUCAGAAUUACAGUCAGAGACCCACAAUCACACAUUCCCGGCGUCGGGAAAGCAAAGACAUCCCAAUGGCCUCUGCCUCUUCCUCAACCCCAUCAAACUUCCCAUCUACUUCCUUACCAAACUUCACACCUCCUAAAUCAAUCCUCAUCGUAGGAUCCGGAGUGUUCGGUCUUUCCACAGCCCUUUCGCUUGCAACCCGCCCCUCAUUUUUCGGGACGAAGAUCACUGUCAUUGAUAGAAGCUCCUUUCCUUCUCCAGAUGGAAGUUCUAUUGAUACUUCGCGAAUAGUCCGACCAGGUAAUCCCUAUAACAAAACCCCUCUUAUUGUGCUUUUUCAACCCUUGAACUGACUUGUUACCUGCCACAGACUACGCGGACCCAGCCUACGCUGCCCUCGCGGACAAGGCACAGAAUAUAUGGCGCCAAUCUUCCUCUCCUGACUCCCUAGGAGGAUCAGGACGGUAUACCGAGAGUGGUUUCACACUUGUUGCCAACGCGUCUUCAAACGGACUGCCCUACGUCCGUUCCUCCUACACAAAUGUUAUUGCUCUCAACAAGGGCACCUCAGCUGAAGGGACUGUACACGAACUCAAGUCCCGCCAGGAGAUCUCGGAUAGAGUAGGCACCGACGGAUACUCUGGCGACUGGGGCUACAUUAACACUCGUAGUGGAUGGGCGGACGCCGAAGCUUCAAUGGUAUGGCUCCGGCGGAAAGUCGAAUCCACUAAGCGUGUAGACUUCAAAGUAGCAACCGUCAGCUCGCUUCUUUUCUCCCCAACAAACUCCGUUCAAGGCGUCAUACUUUCAGACUACACAAAAAUCACAGCGGACUUGACUAUACUGGCAACAGGAGCCUGGACGCCUUGUCUAAUCGACCUCCGUGGACGAUGUCAAGCAACGGGACAAGUGCUUUCCUACCUUCCCAUCACAGACGCUGAGCAGGAGCGACUGGAAAAGAUGCCAGUCUUCCUAAAUAUGACCGGCGGGAUGUUCAUUAUUCCACCACGCAACAAUCUACUCAAAGUGGCUCGUCACGGCUAUGGCUACUCAAACCCAGUUUCCAUACCAAACCCGGAGCCGCUUUCUCCUACCAACCCCGAGAAGACAAUAACCGUCUCACGACCCGUCACCAACUACGACAACCCCAACCUUUGGAUUCCCAGCGAAGGAGAAGAAGCCUGCAAAAAAGCGGUCGCCGAAAUGAUUCCCUCCGUCGCCGGCCGUCCGUUCACACAAUCAAGGAUAUGUUGGUACACCGAUACACCUACAGGCGACUUCCUCAUCUCUUAUCAUCCCACAUACUCGAACUUGUUUCUCGCGACUGGGGGCAGUGGUCAUGGUUUCAAGUUCCUACCUGUCAUCGGAGACAAGAUCGUGGACUGUCUCAAAGGGAACUGUCCUGCGGAGUUCAAGGACAAGUGGGCGUGGAAGGAGGUUGUAGAGAACGUGGUUACGGAAGAUGGGAGUCGGGGCGGAAGAUCUGGGAUGAUAUUGGAAGUGGAGAUGACAGAGGUAAGUAAGCUCUGAGCCGAACAUCCUGCUCCUUAAACUUGCGCGCAGG